CGAAAUCCUGAUCCUCGUGUUGAGUGGAUACCUUCAGCUCACAAAACUAACUUGCUUGGCUCACAAAACCAUCACACAACAGACAAUCGAUUCUUUCAUCUCAACAACUACAAGCAUGACAUCUAUUCACCGUGGAACCAACACAGCCAAUGGUUCGAACAACAUGAAGUUCUCCUCUGAAACUUCACCUUCCUUUGCUUCUGGUGGACUUGUUCAGCAACGCAAGGACAAGUUGGAGGAAGUGUGCGCUGCUCAACGUGGCCUCAAGAUUGUCAAGAAGAGCAAGUGGCAUGUCAGUGGAUCUGGUUAUGGCUCUGGCAUGUAUAAGAAGAAGACGGUGGUCCGCUUUGAAGAUUGCAAUGGUAACAAGGUAUCCAUUGUCAAGAAUAUUGCCAAGAACUAUGGCAAGAAAGAAUAGCCAUGUGUUCGAAGCACUGGGGUUGGAGUUGAUUGAUUGAUUCACUCCAGGAGCGUUCACAGUCCGUAAAAGUCACAGGAGAUGUUCUCUAGCUAGACUACCAAUCUCGUAGACUCUAAAAUAAUAUUGAUUGUCUCAACCU